UCGCAGAAAGCGAAGCCGAAGAAACCAUCUGCUAAGAAGAAGAAAACUGGAGGUGCAGGUGCUGCGCGUCGUCCUGCAGUUACUCUUGAAGAAACCGAUGUUCCGAUAUCGUCCCUUCAGAUCCCUGUUGGACAUCCUUUGCCAACCGAAUCGGCGAAUCCUGACUCUGGAAAUCUUAAUGCCCUCGGUGUCAAUUUGCAGACAACAACAAUUCAGCCUUUGUCACAGCAACCUGUGUCUAUAAAUCCUGCACCUGUACGUCGCCGUCGCUUGGUUGUUUCUUCUGAUGAAGACGAACCUGUUGUCCCUUUGGAACUGCAAGACUUGGACGUUGAACUUCCACUGCAAGAACAG